UGGUCGGCACGUACCGGUGGAUCUUUGAAAGAAGUAUAAAUUGCAAAAAUAAAUCUACAAAUUACCAAGUAUGUAUUUAUAUAGCUUCCCUAUAAGCAGGAAAACUUUAUGUUUUUAAAAUGUAAAUACUUUCCGUAUACAAGUACAUAUAUAUUGUUGACAAUUUUUGGCCAAAACAACGAAAAAAACGCACAUACAUACAAAAAUGCUUAUUCAAACAUAUGUGUCUAUGUGUGUCGCAGAUAAGUUUGAAGUUUAAAGUUCAUUGCCAUUGAUUUUGCAAAAAUAAGGUUAAUUGCAGAUAUCUAACGUCCAUUCAUUUUGUUUCGUCGUAUAGUCUACAAUAACAAUAAAACCAAAACAACAACCAAUGAACUAAUAUAACUACGCCUAUGACUAGGCGUGAUAUUAGCCAAAUGUGAGUGUCUGAAAAUUGUAAUGUCUAUAAAGAAAGCAAAGUUUAAAAUUUUGCAGUAAAAUGUAUUAUAGGGCAGAUAUGUAUGAAUACAUAAAACAAGUCCAUAAGUUUUCAAUCAGAGCUAACAUGUGUGUGAUUUUUGCCACGCUGCUUGAUACGGUCGGUGGAAAUGUCGUUUAUAAUCGUGCGAUACACAUUUAAACGCGACGCAUAAUGUAUGUAUAUACCUCCGCACAUAUGUACAUGCAGCUACAUAGUAAAUUGUUACUAUAUUAUUUAGGUGUUAGUGUACACAUAUUUUUAAUAGUUUUUCGCUUUAGUUGAACACAUAAAUAAUCCUAACAAAGUGCCGUAAAUUUUCAAAAUGUAUUUAGCAACAAAUACUAGCACAGUUCUAAGAAGUUUUAAUUUCUAAAGAUAAUUGUCAAUGCCGGCACAAACCGCGGUGUUUGUUUUUUGCCUUUUGUUUUGUGCUUAUACUUAAAUGACUAACUUGUUUCAUUUUGUUUUUACCUAACAACGCUUUUAAAACAAUUAUGUCGAAGUGUAUGGGGUGUGAAUUUCUCUUAUCAGUAUUAUGAUACAAUGUACCACAUCGGCAAUAAUUCGAAGAACUGAAAUAAACUUCUACACAUUGUUCUUACACGUAUACAUUUUCAAACGACUUAAAGGGGGAAAAGCAUGACAUGAUUUUCCUUUUUUAUGGAUGCAUAUUUGUAAACAUAUGGAGGCCAUUAUAUGCAUACAUAGCACUUUCGUAUCAACUUACGGUAACAAAAAUAAUAAUUCAAAAAUCUGUUUUCUGGGUUUGUGGUUAAGCUGCUGAAAAACACAUGACAUAUUUUGUCAUAGCGAAAAUAUGCACAGAACAGAGCAAAUUCAUAAUUUUAAUACGUAUUAAAAUUACCUACAAAUUUUUAUAUAAAACCGUAAUUAUACCAAAAUAUUUUAGUUUCAUAAUUUCUGUACUCUAUGCGCUUCUCUUUUAGGGCUUAACAGUUGCAAGAUAAAUUGUUAAUAAAUUGUUGAGCGUGUUGCAAGUUACAAGGUACUGGUUGUAAAAAGUGUAUGAGCAAUGAAAAACGCAAUUCAUGUUGCCUUAUUCGCUCUCUUGGCUUUACCAAUGUUUAUGGAGGGCGAUGCGAAGAAAUUGAAGUUUCCAAGAAGUUUUAUAAAUCCUUACCCACGAUUCCAGGAAUAUAGUGAUGGAGGCGAUCCUGGUGAACCACUUUUUCUAACUCCACUUAUACAUGACCCAAAAAUACCUAAGGAGCAAGUUCGACAAAAAGCGGCAGUUCUUGGCAGUCAAUUCCACAAAGUGGAAAGCUAUUCCGGCUAUUUAACAGUGGAUGUGGCACGCAAAUCCAAUAUGUUCUUCUGGUACUUCCCCGCAGAGGAAAGUCCUGAUUAUGCUCCUGUAGUUUUGUGGUUGCAAGGAGGACCGGGUGCAUCUUCUUUAUUUGGUUUAUUUGUGGAAAAUGGACCCUUUGAGUUCGACUCACACGGACAUCUACAAAAACGCAAUUAUACUUGGAGUCGCUCGCAUAAUCUUAUUUAUAUUGAUAAUCCAGUUGGGACCGGUUUUAGCUUUACUGGCAGCGAUGAUGGUUACGCUCGCAAUGAAAAAGAUGUCGGACGUAAUCUACACGAGGCAGUAAUGCAAUUAUACGAACUUUUUGAAUGGGGAAAUUCGAGUGGAUUUUGGAUAACGGGAGAAUCUUACGCAGGGAAAUAUGUACCAGCAUUGGCUUAUCAUAUUCACUUGAUGCAAAAUGCAGUUGACACGCGUGUUUAUAUCCCGUUAAAAGGCUUAGCUAUUGGUAAUGGGCUCUCUGAUCCAUUGCAUCAACUCAAAUAUGGUGAUUACUUAUAUCAAUUAGGAUUAAUCGAUGAUCAUGGUUUGAAUCGCUUCCAUAUAGAGGAAGAGAAAGGUAAAAAAUGUAUAGAAAAUCACGAUAUGGAUUGUGCCUUUGAGGUAUUUGAUGGUCUUAUCAAUGGUGACCUUACCAAUGGAUCUAUUUUUCAUAACCUUACUGGUUAUAACUAUUACUACAACUAUUUAAAAACUCACAGUGACUUGCCGAAUGAUGUGCUUGGAAAUUUUAUACAGUCGUCAACAACACGUCGAGCCAUUCACGUAGGCAACAAUACAUUCCAUGAUUUAGAUAAAGAAAAUAAAGUAGAGAAGUUCUUGAAAAAAGAUGUAAUGGACACGGUAGCACCAUGGAUAGCAGAACUUUUAAAGGACUAUAUUGUUUGUAUAUAUAGUGGACAGCUUGAUAUAAUUGUGGCGUAUCCUUUGACUCGUAAUUACCUGAUGCACCUAAAGUUCGCAGAUGCAGAUAAAUACAAAAUAGCCGAGCGUAAAGUUUGGUUUGUGGAGGACGAAAUUGCAGGAUAUGCCAAACAUGCCGGUCAUUUGAUUGAAAUAUUGGUGCGCAAUGCCGGGCAUAUGGCGCCUGGUGAUCAACCGAAGUGGCUGGAAUGGAUGAUUAAUCAUUUAACGCACUACAAAAAAGUCGUAUAAAUUUCCAAAUGCGACGCACAAAAUUCGCAUAUACUUACAAAUAUUUUUCUUAAAACUAUUAUAUAAAUAAUGUAGGAUUUUAUUCAUCCAAAGAAUUGAAAUUGUUAACAAAAAAAAUUAAAUAUUAAUAAAGGAGGGAUAACCAAAAUUCAA